AGGGGGAGCCACAAGCGCCUGCGCCUUGGCUGCCGGUCGGUUGCUGGGUAACCGCGUCAGGGAGGAGCUGAUUCUGUCCUACAAGGGCACCGGGACCCAAACGACAGGCGCUGUCCCCAAAGAACCCCUGCGACUGGGAAUUGAACUGUAAGAGAGUCCGGAUUUCCUGCGUGUGGUCAGGCGAAGGAGUGUUUUGUAGGUUCUCCAAGGGUUGCGGCACUCCUGGCUUCUGUCAAGAUGCCCCCAAAACAGCCUCGUAGGCAGAGCAUCACCGUGGGCAGAGGAGCCAGGAAGAGAGAUGAAGAUUCAGGAACCGAAGUAGCAGAAGGGCAAGAUGACUGGAACCAGUCCAAGGCCACAGUUAGGCCCCCUGACCGGCUGGAGUUGACUGAUGCGGAGCUAAAGGAGGAGUUCACCCGGAUCUUGACAGCCAAUAACCCACAUGCACCCCAGAACAUUGUCAGGUACAACUUCAAAGAAGGCACAUAUAAACUUAUUGGCUUUGUGAAUCAACUGGCGAUCCACUUCAGCCAGGUUGGGAACCUGAUUCCCAAGGACUCAGAUGAAGGACGGCGACAGAACUACCGCGCUGAGCGGGCAGCAGGGUCUGUGGAAUCUGCCAGAGUGACACUCUCAGAGACGGAAAACCUUGAAGAAGAUGAAGAACCCAAAGAGGCCGAGGCUGAAGCUGGAAGUCAAACAGAUAUGGCUGCAACUGAGGCACUUGAAAACGUGACUGAAGAAUUGGUAACUACUAAGCAGCCCAAGGAGCGAAAACUCACUAACCAAUUCAACUUCAGUGAGAGGGCCUCACAGACCUUCAACAACCCUCUCCGGAAUCGAGAAUGCCAGAUGGAGCCUCCUCCCAGGACAAACUUUUCAGCUACAGCCAAUCAGUGGGAGAUCUAUGAUGCCUACAUGGAGGAACUUGAGAAACAGGAGAAGACCAAAGAGAAGGAGAAAGCAAAAACCCCAGUGGCUAAAAAAACAGAGAAGAUGGCCAUGAGGAAGCUGACAUCCUUGGAGUCCCAGACAGACGACAUCACCAAAGUGACUCAAGCUGCUAAAAUUGUGGAGCGCAUGGUCAAUCAGAAUACAUAUGAUGACAUCGCUCAAGAUUUUAAGUACUACGAGGACGCAGCUGAUGAAUACCGGGACCAGGAAGGCACCCUGCUGCCGCUUUGGAAAUUCCAGAACGACAAAGCCAAGCACCUGGCCGUCACCGCCCUCUGCUGGAAUCCGAAGUACAAGGAUCUGUUUGCAGUGGGACAUGGCUCCUAUGACUUCAUGAAGCAGAGCCGAGGCAUGCUGCUGCUCCACAGCAUGAAGAACCCCAGCUUCCCCGAAUACAUCUUCAGCAGCGAAAGCGGCAUCAUGUGUCUCGACAUGCACAUGGACCACCCCUACCUCGUAGUGGUGGGUCACUAUGACGGCAACGUGGCCAUUUACAACCUCAAGAAGCCCCACUCCCAGCCCUGCUUCCGCAGCUCAGCCAAGUCUGGCAAGCACACGGACCCCGUAUGGCAGGUCAAGUGGCAGAAGGACGACAUGGACCACAACCUCAACUUCUUCUCGGUGUCUUCUGAUGGCAGAAUCGUGUCUUGGACACUCGUAAAGAGUGAGCUGGUCCACACGGAUGUCAUCAAGCUGAAGGUGGAAGGCAGCACUUCGGAACUGCCUGAGGGGUUGCCGCUGUACACAGUGGGCUGUGGCACCGCCUUUGACUUUCACAAAGAGAUUGACUACAUGUUCCUAGUGGGCACGGAGGAGGGGAAGAUCUACAAGUGUUCUAAAUCCUACUCCAGCCAGUUCCUUGACACCUAUGACGCCCACAACAUGGCAGUGGAUGCUGUGACUUGGAACCCCUACCACACCAAGGUCUUCAUGUCUUGCAGCUCUGACUGGACGGUGAAGAUUUGGGACCACACGAUCAAAACCCCGAUGUUCAUCUAUGACCUCAACUCUGCCGUAGGCGAUGUAGCCUGGGCACCAUACUCUUCCACUGUGUUCGCGGCAGUCACCACAGACGGGAAGGUCCACGUGUUUGACCUGGCCAUCAACAAAUAUGAGGCCAUAUGCAACCAACCCGUGGUGGCCAAAAAGAAAAACAAGAUCACCCACGUGCAAUUCAACCCCAUCCAUCCCAUCAUCAUCGUGGGCGAUGACCGUGGCCAUGUCACCUGCCUCAAGCUCUCACCCAACUUGCGCAAGAUGCCAAAGGAAAAGAAAGGGCAGGAGGUGCAGAAGGGUCCAGCUGUGGAGAUUGCAAAACUGGACAAACUGCUGAACCUGGUGAGGGAAGUCAAAACUAAGAGCUGAGGGCCUGGCCGUGUCCCAAUCCCAGUUGUUGAACUUGAUCCUCCUGGUGCCUGACCCUGGGCUGCCCCUCAGCUGGGCCUUGGCACCCACCAUGUGCCCCCACCCUCUAUCCCAGUCCUAGCAUCUGCCCUUCUCAUUCUGUUCCUUAAGGACCCAGCCCCUGACCCCAGACCUUUACCACCACCACCACUGCCUUACUCUGCACAAAUAAACCUGUAUCUGGAAGCCCA